CAAAGCUAUUCUAAAUUCUACUCCACCAUCGACCGCGAAAUUACCCUCACCCUACGGCUACCACCGUGGAUUUGGUCAUGUGGUCUUGUGGACGGUAGUUUUCAUGUGUGGACUACAAUUUACAGCGGUGUCACUGUCUCCAGUGGGCGCCUGAGCGACCAGUCCAUUGAGUCGUCGCUGUUCGCCAAAGACCACCGCCGCGUCUUCACCCCCCAACCCCGAGCUCCACGGCCACGCGGCGUGACCAAACCCUAGCCUGAGCCACCCGCAAGUUCGGUUCCUCCCGUGGACGAUGGCGGAGGACGGCGAGGAGAAGCUGCUCGCCACGGUGCAGCACAUCGCCAAGACCCUAGGCCGCACUGGCACGAUGACGGAGGACAUACUCAAGGUCUUCUCCAACUACGACGGCCGUCUCUCGCUCGACAAGCUCUACGCUGCGGCGGCUGCGGCCGGCGGAGGAGCUGGGGAGCACUCGAUGCCGGCCUCGUCGCCGCCGCCCGCGUUGCCCUCGGCCCCGGCGCCGAUGCCGCCGGUUACGUCGCUGGAGCGGACCGUGCGCACGCUGGACCGGCAGAUCUCGCAGUUCGUGACGAUGGAUAGGCUCGUAUGGGCCGACUCCGCGGACGCCGACGCGUUCCUGGAGGCGGUGGACGACCUUAUCGGCACCGUGCAAGAGCUGGACGCGGCGGGGACCAACCGUGGGUUGCUCGACCGCGCCGACGAGUUGCUGAGCCGGUGCAUGGCCCGGCUGGAGGACGAAUUCCGGGCGUUAAUCGAGCGCCCCGACGACGCGGCGCCAGCGGCGCCCGGCGGAUUCGAUUCUGAGGAGAGCGAGGACGAGGGCUACGACGCAGAUGACGGCUACGGCGACGAGCCAAUCCCAAUCGCCAAGCCAGUCUCGGACUUCGACGUGGUCAUCGACGCUCUCCCCCCGGGGUCAGUCUCCGACGUGCACCAGAUAGCACGGCGGAUGGUGGACGCAGGCUUCGGCCGCGAGUGCGCUGAGGCCUACGCGGCCGCGCGCCGCGGAUUCAUCGAUGAGAGCGUCGCGCGCCUCGGCAUCCGUCCGCGCACUUCCGAUGAGGUCCACUCCUUACCCUGGGAGGAACUGGAGUUCGACAUUGCUCGAUGGAUUCCGGCCUUCAAGAUGGUAUUCCGCAUCCUGAUCCCCAGUGAGCGCCGCCUCUCCGACCGUGUCUUCGAUGGCCUCGCCCCCUAUGGCGACCUCGCCUUUGUUGCUGCAGUUCGUACCCAAGCGCUGCAGCUUAUCUCAUUCGGCGAUGCAGUUUCUGCUGCAAGCCGCGCACCAGAGCGCCUCUUUCGUGUCAUCGACAUGUAUGAGGCAGUGCGUGAUCUCCUCCCUGACCUCGAUCCUGUUUUCGCGGAUCCCUACUCUGCAGCGCUUCGUGCCGAGGUCUCUGCUGUAUGCAACACUCUCGGUUCCUCUAUCAAAGGUAUAUUCAUGGAACUGGAAAAUCUUAUCCGCCGUGACCCAGCCCGUGUUGCUGUGCCUGGUGGUGGCAUACACCCAAUCACUCGGUAUGUUAUGAACUAUCUACGUGCCGCGUGUGGUUCUAGACAGACACUGGAAGAGGUGAUGGAAGGUGACUUGGGUGCUCUUGGUGUUGCUGUUGAUCCUGAUCGCCCCACUUCGUCGCUCGCCGUGCACAUUGCGUGGAUCAUGGAUGUGCUUCACAAGAAUUUGGAAGCCAAAUCUAAGAUAUACAGGGACCCACCACUUGCUUCCAUCUUCUUGAUGAAUAAUGGCAAGUACAUCAUUCACAAAGUGAAUGACAGUGAGCUUGGGGUUUUGCUUGGUGAUGAGUGGAUGAAGCAGAUGUCGAGUAGAGUGCGCCGGUGGAGUAUGGAGUACCAGCGUGGGGCUUGGUCAAAGGUGAUGUCAGUGCUACAAACUGGAGGUUCUGGGUUUAAUAGUCUCCCUGCGAAGGCCAUGCUUCAAAAACUGCAGAUGUUCAACAGUUACUUGGAGGAAAUUCGUGCAGCGCAGUCGGAGUGGGUUGUCAUAGAUGAGCAGCUGCGUGCGGAUGUCAGGGCAGCAAUAGCAGAUUCAGUGAUACCUGCAUAUAAGGGCUUAAUUGCGAGGUUGAGAUCAUCUGAAGAAGUUGAGCAGGACUUGUUCAUCAAGUAUACCCCAGAGGAUAUCGAGGCAUGCAUCCAACAUUUGUUUGAAGGAUUUGCCAAAUGAUUGGUUAAUUGUAGCAUGUUAUGACGUUGCAGCUGUGAUUUCAGUGUCAUUACUAAUUUGCUGUUGCGGUGGAUAUCUGAAGUUCACUAAUAAGGGUGCCAUUCUGGGUUUGAUGAUGUUUGGCCAUUGGGUUGGGCUUUAUAUACUAGAUGGACAAACCAUUGGCUUCUCCAACUGUGUAAAGUACUGUAGGUGUUUCUUUAUCAGUUGGUAAUGGUAAUCUUAUUUGACAUAUUAAUAUUAUCAGUCUUCUUUUUCACCUAUUUGUCAUAUUUCAAAUACUUGCUUAGUGUUUUGUUUCAAAAUCAGUGCGCUACUCAAGUGAUAAAUGGGAAGGGCCUAUCUUGAUUUCAGAUCAGUCAGGCUUAUACUAUUGUGAUGUCUGUGUGACCCAACUUUUAUGAUGGUUAGACUGUUAAGUAAUAAGGCCCCUGUCAUAGAAAGCACACCAGUUUUGGCAAACUACUCUGGUCUCUCAUCUCCUGUUGGUUGGUACCCUUAAACAGAUGGAUGUGUAUUUCUCUUGCAUUAUGUUGCCGUGUUCUAUAAAUCUUCAAUACUUCUAUAAUCCAAUUUCUGAAAUAAACUUUUGUUGUAAUGUUCGUUUUUAGAAAGGUGUUGUGGAUGAUUCUACAACUGGGAAUUUAUGACUUAGGGCACCUCUUGCUUACACACUGUAUGUACCACAUCCAGAAGGUAGAAAAAUCAUAGACACACAACCAGCGACUGGCAAUGCAUAGUGCGUACUUGGUACCUGCAAAUUUCAGGAUAUCGCUAGCUAGUUGAAUAACUGAAAGUGGACACAACUUGGAUAUACAUGCAUGCACACCUGUCUUUCUUUGAUUACUGCAACUACAGAUUUGAAAGUAUGUAGCAGUAGCACACCCCUGAAUUUGUUGCAAAUUUGGAACCGCACAGCAUGUAUACUUGUUCGCUGUUUUUGAAAGCGUGUCCUCUAGUUUUCAAUAGUGCGGUGUACCUUUUGUAAACCAAUAACUCAGUGUUUUGGUUUAAAGAAAAGUCAAAAGGUUACAAUUGCCAGAAUAUAUCUGCAAGUAUAUUAUUCAACGAAAAUCAAUGUUGUUAUCCUGCCUUUUAUGGACCUUCACCGAAUAUUGUAUUAUUUAUUACUGAAUCCUUUGUCUUCGUGCAUAUAUGCUGAUUGCACAAAGCCACAAACCCUUGCUCCUUUUACAUAAAUAAUAGUCUUCUAAAAUUAUAUAUUAUUUUAGGAUAUCAGGAACACGUUAUGUGGAGAUGUAGUUGUACGUAUCUUAGUGCAGCAAUAGAUAGACAAUAUCUUGCAUACCCAAUUUCAGAAUUCCACAGAGGUAUGUUUUGCAACCUUGUUCUCUCAGGGUUAUGAGUAUGAAUUAUGGAACAUUUGAACUAGUCAACUUUUUGAACUGCAGAUGACUGGACUAGAUUCCACAAUCCUAUUCUAUUGCUUGCACAGAGAAUUCAGUACUUGAGAGGUUCCUAUAUUCAAAGGUGACAGAUCUGAAAUGACAUGAGGGUUGCCAAGGAUCUCCAUGAGAGCUUCGUAUGCGUCCAAGUAUACAAUUUUGCUUCCGUAGAGUGAGCCUUGUAAUGUAGGAAGCAACUUCUCAAGUUUGGAGUUGUAGACCCGGGCAUCACUGUUUUGCUCAUCCACACAUGUCCUCUCAGGGUCUCCACUUAAUGUGAUCUGAAUGGGUGUGCAGCCAAAAGGAGGAAGGCCUGCCAAGCUGAAUUUUCGCCCCCCAAGGUUAUACAGCUCCUGCAUUCCAGUUUAUGGAAUUGAAAGAUAAGGAUUCGUAUCCUACUCCAGUAGUACUCUAUGUGCACCGCAUGCAAGUUUUCGCUGAUUGCGUUGCAGAAUGGAGAGUUUGGAGCAGAGCAAUCACGCUGAUGCAUUUAUGGCAGUAAUGUUAAUUGACGUUGGAGUAACUCCACUGAACUCUGUGCGAAA